AUGGCUGAGCCUCGCGGGUCCAGUCGCCAUCUGGAUUUCUCUGCAUCUCUGGGAGAUCUCACGAUUGUUUUUACCCCUUUUGAACCCCAGAAGGGUUUAAGAGAAUGUGACCGUCUUAACCCGGUCUGUUCGCAAUGCAAGCGAGCGGGGAAACCGUGUGGUGGCUAUCGCGACGUGCCGUCGUUGCUGUUCCGCAACGAGAACGACAAGACGGCCCGCCGGGCAGCAGCGGCAAAGGCUAAGUCAGAGGCUCGUCGCAAGCUUAUGGAUAGCUCAGAAAGUUCAGAGGAAGGAUCGAACAUAUCCACAUGCAAAAGCAGAUUGGACUCGUCUUCAUCGAACUAUGUAGCCCAGCCAGACAAGACUCAGACGGUCUUGGUACCCCCGAUGCCAGCUGCAGUCCCCUCUACUGUGGAGGAAAUAGGGCUCAGUUUCUUCUUCAAUCGGUUUGUAAGUGCUAUUUCGGGGCUUGCGGGAGAUCUCCCAUAUGGACUGGAAAGUUCUCCUUUCCUCAAGGCCAUUCUCAAGCAGUCGCCCCUGCGCGAUGCAACGGUCUCGGUUGGACUAGCCGCCAUGUCCAAUGUCAGUCAGGACCGAGCGUUAUCACUAACGGCUCGGGAAAAAUAUGUGGCGGCCAUUAAUGUCGUUCGGAGGGCAGUUGAGAACCCAGAAAAGGCGAAUGCAAACCAGACGUUCCAUAUAAUCGUGAUGCUGAGUAUGUACGAGAUGGUAUGUUGCGCGCCCAAUGAGAUCGAUUCAUGGACAAUCCAUCUUGACGGGGUGGCGGCGCUAGUCAAACAGGCCAGCUUUAACGAUGCGCUAAAAUCCGUCAACCCACGCCCACAUCUGCAGUAUUAUUUUAUUUCAAUUAUCAGAUAUUUCCUGGUCCAAGGAGUCAUGCCCUCAGAGCUGCUCGAUUGGUCCCCUGAUCGCAUCCCCGGUGCCAAGCCAGAUCAGUUUCCCACGAUCUGCCUGGUCGAUAUUCUCAUUCGCUUCAUGAAGCUACACUCUUCCAUUCGAGACAACCCAGACCCUGAUUCAAGGUUGGCUGUAAGCUCUGCUCUGCUUUGCGAAGCAGAACUAGAAGCCUGGGAAAAAGACCUUCCAGAGAAAUGGAAGUUUUCGUUGAAGCAGUCGAAUGACUUCCAGCGCACGUUCAACGGCAUGUACAUGAUCUACAACGAUGUGUGGGCGUCGAGAGACCUCAAUCAUUACUUCUGGGCGCGAUUGAAGGUGAAUGAGAUGAUUUUGCGUCAUAUAUCGAGGAUACAAACUCCAACGCUGAGUGAUAUCCAGCAGCGACAAAGAGUACUGGCCAUGAUUUCGCUGAUGGCAAAAUACAUCUGCGCUGGUGCAGCGAGUCAAAUGGGGGCCUUUGGCUGUGGAAUACCAUCUAUGGGCCUCACAAAUCUGCCACAGCUGCCACCGCUGAAUGGCGUAUUUAUGUUGAUGUUCCCUUUGGCAGUUGCAGGAGGGGCUGUUGGAACUGGUGACGAAGUCCAUGAGUGGGUACUUGGGACGCUUCAGAAGAUCGGGCAAACCAUGGGCAUUCGGCGAGCCUUGGAGAUGAUACCCACACUGAAGCAAGUCCACGCGCCUCCUUCGCAGCUGCAUCUUCGCAUCCUCGCAACUUCUGGACCUCACCAAUUAGAUUCGUUCCAAUACACAUCCAAGAUGGCGCUUGAGGAUGAAUGGACGUGCGAUGCCAACGAUGCGCUUCAAAUCACGGUCGUGCAGCCUAGCGAGACGAAGCCGAAAACUCUCUCGACCUUUCACCCUCAGUUCACCUACCCCAUUUUUGGAGAUGAAGAGCAAAUUUUUGGAUACAAAGGCUUGAUCAUCCGUCUGCGCUUUGCCGCCCAUGAUCUCCGCCCUCAUGUUCACAUUUCCUACGAUGAUCGAUUUAAGGCGGUUGGCGACAUUGCUGCGACGGAUCUUCUUGGCGCUUUGAAGGAAUUCGUUCCGGAGGAGGCCUUGAUCAAUCUGCCCGACUAUGAAAACGCUGUCCAGGAAGACUCCUACGCAAAGGACUUUACACCUCCCGGCAAGCUGGUCUAUAGCUACGAGGCGAACGAGAGGAACUAUGAGAUCUGGGCAGGAUCUCUCGCGGAUCCUGAUGUGCGAUGCAUUCUUGACCGCGCGCAGGUUCUGGUGUCAUUAUUCAUCGAGGCUGGCACACCAUUGGCGACUGACGAUCCAGAAUGGACUCUUGAACGGUGGACGGUAUAUUUUGUAUACGAGAAGGUGACACCCCCAACGCCAACCGCCUCAUCCUACUCCAUUGUCGGAUACGCCACCACCUACCGUUACUGGCUAUACCAGCGAGAUCGCUCCAUUACGCCUACUGUCAAAGAUGACGCCUUUCCACCUCCCGAAAUCAAGCUUUCAGAGCUCCCAUCACGUCUUCGCAUUGCCCAAUUCCUAAUUCUCCCUUCACAUCACCGCGCGGGUCACGGCACACACCUCUACACCACCAUCCAUGCCUCGUGUAUUGCAGAUCCCACAAUUAUCGAGCUGACAGUAGAGGAUCCAAAUGAGAGCUUCGACGCUCUUCGUGACACGGCCGAUUUCUGUCUCCUGCAGCCCGAAUUUGUCAAGCGCAAGGUCAACCUCAACCCCGAUCCCAAUGGGGCAUAUUCUCGCAAGCAGCGCCUUCGCGCUGUUCCAACCGCGGAGCUCAUCCCUACCGAUGUUCUACGCGACAUCCGCACAUCAUUCAAGAUCGAGGCUACUCAAUUCGCACAUAUCCUGGAGAUGUUCCUUCUUAGUCAGAUUCCCCCAAGCCACCGCUUGGCAGGCGGCGCCAACCUUACACGGCUAUUAAUCAAGAAAGCAAAAGCCGACGAUCCUAACGAUCGGAGGUACUACUGGUGGCGCAUGCUUACCAAACAGCGGCUUUUCAAGAAGCACAAGGAACUGCUGCAAGAAUUGGAGCUAAUCGACCGGGUAGAGAAGCUCGACGACACCGUUCGAAAUGUGGAGGAGGGAUACGAGAUUACUCUUCAGGCGGUUGAGGGUCGCUUGCCAGGCGGUGCUGCAGACCAAGAAGCUCCUGCUCCUACAGGCUCUCGUAACAAGCGCAAGCUUACCAUUGAGGAUGACGAGGACGAGGAUGAAAAUGGAAGCGAGGCAGCCAAGCGCCCAAAAGUUUAG